UUAUUCUCCUUAUUCAGAAUUUGUGUUGCUAUUUCCUUUUCCACUGUCUCAGUUGUUUCUGCCACAAAAAUGCUAUCUUUGAAGGUUGUUCCAUCAUCAUCCUCUGUCACUUUCACCCAACCCAAUCACCAAUGUUUCAUUAAUGCAUCUCCCAUUCUCAACCCAAAUCUUCUCUGCAGGCUUCGAGAAUCUGGUCUCAAAAGUUCCAAACUUUCUUUCAUACCCACAUCUCAGAUCCAACAUUCAAUCACAAAGUUAAGCUCUUUUAACCGAUUCCUCUCACACCCAUUUGUGUUCUCAGCAAAACCCAGACACCAAAUCGUUAAAGCAGCAUCUGAUGCCAAUCCUGAGGGAGAAAGUGUAGCUCCCAGUAAUCCCAAACCUAAGAAUUUCAAACUUGCUUUAGUAUUUGGACUAUGGUACUUCCAAAACAUUGUCUUCAACAUUUACAACAAGAAAGUGUUAAACAUAUUCCCAUUCCCAUGGCUUCUUGCCUCUUUCCAGCUCUUUGUUGGGUCCAUUUGGAUGCUGGUGCUCUGGUCCUUAAAGCUCCAACCUUGUCCAAAAAUCUCAAAGCCUUUCAUCUUUGCUCUCCUUGGACCUGCUUUGUUCCACACAAUAGGCCACAUAUCAGCUUGUGUUUCAUUCUCUAAGGUUGCUGUUUCCUUUACCCAUGUCAUCAAAUCUGCAGAACCAGUUUUCUCUGUCAUAUUUUCUUCUUUCCUUGGUGAUAGAUACCCCAUACAGGUUUGGCUCUCAAUUCUACCAAUUGUACUUGGUUGUUCUUUAGCUGCUGUUACAGAGGUAUCUUUCAAUGUACAAGGGUUAUGGGGUGCCCUCAUUAGCAAUGUUGGUUUCGUAUUAAGGAACAUCUAUUCUAAAAGAAGUUUACAGAAUUUCAAGGAAGUUGAUGGCUUGAACUUAUAUGGCUGGAUUACUAUAAUUUCAUUGCUAUAUCUUUUUCCAGUGGCUAUUUUUUUAGAAGGGUCUCAGUGGAUCCCAGGGUAUUACAAGGCAAUUGAAGCUAUAGGCAAACCAUCCACAUUUUAUAUAUGGGUGUUGCUGUCUGGGGUAUUCUACCAUCUUUAUAACCAAUCAUCUUACCAAGCCCUGGAUGAAAUUAGCCCAUUAACUUUCUCAGUGGGGAACACAAUGAAGAGAGUGGUGGUGAUUGUAUCUUCAGUUUUGGUGUUCAGGAAUCCGGUUAGACCACUUAAUGGCCUUGGAUCUGCCAUUGCAAUUCUUGGGACUUUCCUGUAUUCACAGGCAACAUCCGCAAAGAAAGCAAAGAAAAUUGAAGGUGAAAAGAGUAGUUAGAGAAAAAGAUGGACAAAAGAAAUAUUAUAGAGAGAAAAACUGUUUGACUAUUUGAGUAUUUCUGUUGGCCUUGUUAGAUUUAGACAUUAAUUAAGAAACCUUCCAUUCUGACUUCUUUUAAGCUACUGCUUUGGUUUCUCUGUGGGUGUUUUAGAGCACUUUUUCUUGAUCUGGUUAAUUUUCAAGAAUAGCAUUCCUUCUUGCUUGAUUUAUAUUAAAUAUAUCAGGCAGAUAUAAGAAAUCAACAACAAUAUGUUGACUGGUCUCAAUGUUGCUUUACUGCUUUAGCAAGCUAAUAGAAUUAAUUGAAAGGUUUCUUAUGUGUGUCUCAUCCAAAUUUAUUGACACUUUCAUAUUGUUCAUCUCAUUCUUGCUUUAGUUUACAAAUAAUAUUCUUCAACUAUCAUUUACAUGCUUAAGAUUUUAGGUGUCAUUUAAUUUGUUGCUACCUAAUUCAAACCUUGACGCCCUAUUUCUCUGUUGGUGUUUGCAUACCGUAAUUGAGCAUGAGAAUAUUUUUCCGAAUUACAAUGCUCACACUGUUUAUUGUUUCCAUGGCUUUCAAGUAAUCUGGUAUUCUUUUGAUUUUGUUACUGAUCAUCCGAAGUGAACUGAGGUGAUGUGGUACGCGAAUUUGUUGAACUAAAGAGAUCCUUAGCUACUAAAUGAUGGUAACUCAGUUGGUGCACGAGAGCUGAGCAGGUGGAGGUGAGAGCAUGUGUUUGAUCCUCCCCAGUAUCAUCUUUGAGACAGAUUUAAACCUUAAUUCUGGAUCCGUUUCGAACAGGAUUGUCUCCUGUGAUUUAUCCAAAAAAGAGAGAGAUCCUUAACUAAUACAGGUCCAGUUUUUUCAUGUUCUGCUCAGCCAUAUUGUUAUAGAAUUUACAGCUUGCUUUUAGGUUUUAACUAGUCAAACAUUUGAUACUGCGUC